AUGAACCAUACACCAAAUAUGCAAUUCUACCUUGUUGGACUCUCCCAUUACCCAUACCUCCAGCCAGUCUUGUUCAUCAUAUUCUUACUUAUAUAUAUAAUGGCAUUUGCAGGAAAUAUCCUGAUUGCUAUCGUCAUUAGCUCUGAUUCUCGUCUUCACACCCCAAUGUAUUUUUUUCUAAUUAACCUUUCCAUAUUGGACAUUUGCUGUACAACGGCUGCUAUCCCUAAGAUGCUGCAGAUUCUUGUCAUAGAGCAGAAAACUAUUUCAUAUUCUGGUUGUAUCUCGCAGUUAUAUCUCUUUACGGCAGCUUUGAGUACAGAGUUGAUAUUGUUGACAGUGAUGGCUUAUGACCGCUAUGUGGCCAUAUGCUUUCCUUUGCGCUACAAGACAAUAAUGAACAGAGCAGCUUGUACGUGUUUAGCUGGAGCUGCCUGGAUUUUAGGUUCAGCAAACUCAAUGACCCACACUUGCCUCAUCUUAAAACUAUCCUUUAAGGAAGAAAAGAUCAUUGACCAUUUCUUCUGUGAGAUCCCACCUGUACUUAAACUGGCCAACUCUGACCGGUACAUCAAUGAUGUGGUCAUUGUGGCUUCAGACGUAUUGCUUGGAAUGAUUUGCUUUAUUCUCACAGUUAUAUCCUAUACAUAUAUAAUCUCAACCAUUAUGAAAAUACGUUCGGCAGAGAAGAAAAAGAAGGCAUUCUCCACGUGUGCCUCACACCUCACAGUGGUGACUCUCUUCUACGGAGGUGUCAUCUACACAUAUGUGCGACCGGCCUUUAGCAACGAACUAGAAGCUGACAAGGUUGUGUCUGCUUUGUAUGCUAUUGCAUCACCAGUAUUGAAUCCAAUCAUUUACAGCUUAAGAAACAAAGAGGUAAUCAAUGCCAUUAACAAGACAUUUAAUAGAAAACUACACAUGGUCAAAUGA